CCGGGGAGAGGAGGACGCCCACCCGCCGACCUUUGUAAAGUGUCCGGCUGGGAGCUCCCAGCGCAGGAGCAGCCGGAGGGGGGAGCUCAGGCUGGGUUCUCCACCGGGUGGACGCAGCGCCCGUCUCCACUGCCGUCCUCCUCUUCAUCCUCCUCUGGGGGAUCGCCCUCGGCCCUCCGCGGAGCUGACCGGCGGAGCCGUGCCUCGCCGGAGGGCGGCGGCGGGCGCCCAGGUGCCCUCGGCCCUCCGCGGCCAUGGCGCUGUGCGCUGUGAGGCGGUGGGCGCCCUAAAGCGGCUGUGGGGCGGGCGGUGGGGCGGAGGAGGCUGCCCCUCACGGCCCCGCCUCGGCCCGGGGCCCUCCUGAGGAGGUCCCCCUCUCCCGGGGGAGGGGGAAGAAAAGCUAGCGGGACAACUUCUGGAAAUUAACAAGGAGGGGAGGAAGAAGGAGGAGGGAAAAAAAAAAAAAAAUCUUCUGUGGGACAUCCUCAAAGCUCAGCAUCACGCCGGGUGUCUGAGUUUGUAUAAAGCCCGCCACGCUUGUGAGCAUCGCCACAGCGGCAGGAGGAAAGCCUGGCUGCGGCCGCUGCACCGAAGUCCUGCGUGCUUCAGAGGCGCCUUGGCUUUCUGGCAGGAAGAUGCUUCCUGUAGCAGGACCGUGUUGCUCCUGAGGGGCUGUGGAAGAUGCUUGCCUUUGGGAUUACGCUUGGAGAAAGGCCAUCGGUCAACGGGAGAGCUGGCUGGUGAAACUGUCUGACUUUCUCCCCCUCAGGGGAAGUGGCUUCAAUGGCUCCAGCUCCCAGGAGAAGCAGCAGGAAAGAUGCCAACGCCUUGCCAAGCAUGUCCUCAACUUUCUGGGCUAUCAUGAUCCUGGCCAGUCUACUAAUCGCUUACUGCAGUCAACUGGCUGCAGGUACAUGUGAGAUUGUUACUUUGGACAGAGAUAGCAGUCAGCCCCGAAGGACUAUAGCCCGACAAACAGCUCGCUGUGCAUGUAAAAAAGGACAGAUUGCCGGUACAACAAGAGCAAGGCCAGCCUGUGUUGAUGCACGAAUUAUCAAAACAAAACAGUGGUGUGAAAUGCUUCCAUGUUUAGAAGGAGAAGGCUGUGAUUUGCUAAUCAAUAAAUCAGGCUGGACCUGUACACAACCAGGAGGUCGGAUAAAGACAACCACGGUUUUCUGAAGUACAAGCAAGAAUUUCCCUAGCCCUUUAUUUGUGAAGCAGAGGGAUGCCUGAGGCAAAGGAUGUGGAGAAGGGGAAAAAAAGAACGGCAAAAAAACUUGCGGGUGAUAGGCUGCUGCCAUAGUAGGUCUAUGUAAAGAGAUAAAUGCAAAUUAAAAAGUUUGUCAACAGUUGUUUGCCUGUAGGACUUCACAGAGCACAGAGGUUUUUAAAGUCUUAGCAUUGUGCUGGAUGAACCUCCACAGAUCUAAAAAGGAUUUGAAUUGUCUGUUUUAAAAAUCUUAAGAUGGGCGUACUUUAAUUUAAAACACAAAUCUAUUAAUAUUGGCCAUGUUUUAUACUCCACUCUCAUUAACAGAAGACUAUAGGUGCUUUUUCAGCCCGGUAUUUAUCCUUCAGUGUUUGAUUUAUUCGUACAAAUGCACAUUGAGUAAAAUGAUUCAACUGAAGCAAAAAUCUGACAGUUGCAUAUUAGGCAAGACUUUCAUUUUUCUGAAUGAACUAAAAUGGAGGAUACUUAUCACACCUUUCUGCAAGCACACUUUGAAUAUAUUUGCAAAAUAAUUGCAUUUUAUGCCAAUAGUUAACAACCUUUGGAAUAAAUAUAAGUUCUUGGCAGAUUUUUAUUAUUUUUAUUUUUGUAUUCAAAAAACAUUUUCUAAGUUAAAAAAUUACCAAACAACUAGUGUGCACCUAAGUAAACUGGGGUUUAAUAUGGGACAUCAACAGCGAUGGCUUCAGAACCUUCUGCAUGUCAUUGCUCAUAACUGUAUAUUUUCCCCCAGCUUUACUACAUCAUUCCUUGCUUGAAUUUCUACUGUGCAGUUUGUAUGAUGGAAAUAAGAAAUUUUGAAAAAUGUCAAGGGAGGUGAUGCUGUAGUCUAAGUUGUUUAUCUUGGAGUCUUCCUGAAGACUCCAUUGAAUUACUGUCUGAUAGAGGGAAAUUCUUGUUCUAGGUUCUGAGCUAAUGGAUUACUUGAACUAUUCAGCAUCAUAUUUUCGGCUUCUUCCUUUUAAUUUUCUGUGCUAACACAGUAAUGACACUCAUUGGUUUCAUGUUAAAUGAGAGAACGAAGAAAUGUACUGUUUUAUUUUUUUAUUUACAUAUUUACAUGUAUUAUACCAAAUGAAGGGAAAAAAAAAAAAAAAAAGAAGCUGUUUUCAUCUUCAUAGUGUGAAAAAUGUUGGGGGAUUUUUUUAUCACUGCAGAUGUUAACAGAUUUAUGCCAUGUAAAUUGGGUAUGCUAAUGAUGUUCCAAAAUGUUCUAAUCAGUGUUUAUUCUGUCAUAUUUUAUUUAUAUUUGUUUUUCAAAAUGUAUGUGCAUGUGAUACAGGAAACUUGAAAAUUAUAAUAAAGAAACCAGAUUGAAAUAUAGGUUUCAAGUUAACUACAGAGAUACGUGUUUUAAUUAAAAUAAUUAGUAAAUACGCAUUAUGAAUACUCAGAGGAGUCCUUCUAAUUUGUUUAGCAAAGUAACGUUUUAAAAUAUUUCUUCUAUAAUUACAUCAGAAGUCCUUUUAAGCAUAAACUGGACAGUGUGAUGAUGAUCUGGAAAAGAAAGUCUUGGUAUGCUUUAAAAAUAUCUAGGAAUUAAUAUUUCUAAUUUUAUAUUUAAGCUUCUAAGCUGAGCUCUUGGAAAUUUUUUCCCAAUAUGUUUCAGGUUGAGAACAUAAAGCUGUAUAGAUGUAUUAUAAAGAAUAUGGAUGAUAACCACUAGGUUGCUGUCUAAAAGUUUAACACUGUUUUCCAUUACUUUCCAGACCGUGGCUGACCAUAAAAAGUUUUCCAGGUUUUCUGGAGAGUUAGCUGAUAUUUACGUUAGGCAAAAAUAAAUUGUAGAGAAGCUUAGGCAGAAAAUAGACAUGAUUUUUCCCUGAAUACACACUUCUCCAUGUAUCAUUAUCAGUGCACACACAGUGAUAUUUAAUGUAACAACACAGGGAAAUUUGAGAUCAAACUGAGAAACGAUAGAGAGUAUAAGUGGGUGCAGAUCUACAUAGAGCUGGAUAUAAGAUGAUAUAAAAAUGCUGACUUGAUGUAAGGUAUCUAGGUAUUACAUUAGGCAUAAUUUAAUUUAGACUGCUGUUAAUGUACUUGUAGUUAUUCCUAGAAAGAUAAAGAAUUCAGUCUAUCUUGAGUAUUACUGCGCAGCCAUACCUUUGAAUCUCUUCCAUAGCCCUUUUAUUGCAGUAAGCCCAAGUGACACAGCUUUCACAUAGUGAACUUGCUUGUAAGUCAUUUAUGUCACCCUGAAAGCAGUUUUUGAAAAAAAAAAAUCACUAAAGACUGCAGAUUCGUGUAUGUAGCUUUCAUAAGGAAGUAUAGGGUAUAUUUUUGGUGACAUUUGAAAGCCCAAAAGGCAGAAUGUCUUGCUUUUUAUUUAAUAGGCUACACUUCACAGAAUAGCUUGAAUUGUAUUCUGCUUUGUGUGAAAAAGAAAUAUUUUCAGUUUGCUUCCUCGGAUUUUUUUUUUUUUUUGGUGGUGGUGGUGGUUUUUUUUUGUUUGUUUGUUUUUGUUUUGCCUUUUUUUGUGUGAUCUGUAUCAACUGCUUGUUUUAAUUAAUCUCUUAAAGAUUGUCUGCAUAGCUGUCACCAAUAUAAUCUUUUUCAUUUAAUGUGCAAAUUAAUUAAUUAACUGAAUGAUAAUGUACUGGACUUGUUCAGGUCACUGAGUGAUAACAAGAUUUAUGGUGCAGACCCUAGAGAUGUAUUUUGUAGAGUCUGCAUGUUAAGUUGUGAUUCCACUGAAAACGAUGGAAGACUUUCUGUUCACCUCAAUAAAUUCACCUCAGUUUGAGGAGCUUUACGAUCUAGAUGCUGUUGUCUGGCAUUUGUAUCUGUGAUGCAACUGAAGAUAUGAUAUUAAUACGAAAAGUGAUUUUGUACGUCUAAUGUCAUAAUUAGAGACAUCUGUGUUAGCUUAUGUUUUUGGCUCAUUCCAUUAUCUGUGUGGGAUGACUCACGUUAAAGAUGUGUAUCCUUUGCAUACAUAGUGUCAUAGGAUCACAGAAUCAUGGGCUGGUUUGGGUUGUAAGGGGCCUUAGAGAUCACUUAGUUCUAAUACCCCUGCCAUGACCCGGGACACCUUCCACCACACCAAGUUGCCCAAAGCCCCAUCCAGCCUGGCCUUGAACACUACCAGGGAUGGGACAUCCACAGCUUCUCUGGGUGACUUGCUUCCAUGCCUCAUCACCCGUCACCACCCACAUCUCUCAGAAAAAAAAAAAAAGAAAAAACAACUUCUGACUUUUAGUCAAAUGAGGCACUAUUGCAGCUGAACACAGGGGAUAUAUGUAUAUAUCAACAGGUAUUUUAGAAGCACAACUAAUCAGGAGAUGGAAUUGCUGAAACCUGAAGGUGCUUCCAGAGAACUGAGUAAAGCAGGAACUGACACUACUGAACAAGCUAUAGGCUGUCCAGGGAAGUGGUUGUGUCACCAUCCCUGGAGUUAAAAGACGUUUAGAUUUAGAGUUCAGUGAUAUGGUUUGGUGGAGGACUUGUUAGUGUUAGGUCAGAGGUUGGACUCAGUGAUCUUGGAGGUCUCUUCCAACCUAGAUGAUUCUGUGGUUCUGUGAAAAGUCCAAAUAUAUGCUAAAAAAAAAAAAUCUUUUUUUUUUUUCUUCUGUAAGUUUGAUGGAAAAGUUUUAGCCAUGUUUGGAUUUCUCAGGCUAGCGCUGCAGGCACUUGAUCAGCAGAUAACCUGUACAGAUGGUGACUUUGAUGACAUUUCAACAGUAAUAUUUGUGCAAGGAUGUACUGUUCUGGAACAAUUUCUCAAGUGAAUGAGAAACAAACAAUUUUCUCUGAAGAUCAGGCCAUUUGUUUCUACAGUUUUGUUUCAAGCAGAAGUAUUUUUGCAAACAACUAAUAAAGAAUACCAUAUUACUUCGAA